CUGUCAGUGCUCUUAACCCUCUCUCCAGCCCCAAUUCUGCUGAGUUGACUGCGAGUCCCACUCCGACUGUCAGCUUCGCCUUCAUCUCGGUAGAGCUUGUAUCUCCCACAGCUCCAGGAGCUCAGCCCUCCACCCCCCGAAACUUGGCCUCUGUACCUGCGGGAGGUUGGGCUCCAUCCCCAGGAUACAUCUUCAGGACAGUAGAUACCUUUGUUCAUGGUCAACUGAUGCCCACAGAAGAGCGGACCACCGAGUGUUCCUUGGCGGUUUCUGUAGAUCUGAUUUCCGUCCGGGACUGCUCGCCAUCCCCGCCCGCGGGGCUUCCUCCAGUUUAUGCUCUAACCAUUCUCCCGCGUGCGGACGGUCUGGCACAACGGAACUGAGGGAGCGAGUCUAGAGGCGCCCCGGAAGACAGUGCUCGCACACAUCCGGCAGGGCUGGCCUGUCUGACCGUUGACCCGGAAGCGCUUCUGGCAGCCGGUCGGGCUUCGGGAGCCCAUCAUGGUCUUCCUCACGACGCGGCUCUGGCUGCGGAACCGCCUCACCGAUCGCUAUUGGCGGGUUCAGGAGGUGCUGAAACACGCUCAGCAUUUUCGGGGAAGGAAGAAUCGCUGCUACCGCCUGGCCGUCAGGGCGGUGACCAGAGCCUUCGUUAAGUGUACGAAGGCCCGCAGACUUAAGAAGCGGAACCUGAGGACCCUCUGGAUUAAUCGAAUUACAGCUGCCUCCCAGGAACAUGGCUUAAAGUACCCAGCAUUCAUUGUCAACUUAAUUAAGUGCCAGGUGGAGCUCAACAGGAAAGUUCUUGUGGACCUGGCCAUCUAUGAACCAAAGACGUUUAAAUCUUUGGCUGCAUUGGCUAAGCGGAGGCAGCAGGAGGGAUUUGCUGCAGCUUUGGGGGAUGGAAAGGAGCCUGAAGGUAUCUUUUCCAGAGUGGUGCAGUACCACUGAAGGCUGCAGUGCUAUAGACUGUUAUAAACAAGAUAGGACCAAAAGGACUGUCACCAGUAAGUCUGAUUUGUAUUUAUUUACAUUUUAGCAACAGGCCUGAGACGACAGGUCUUUAUUCAGUGACACGGCCCCAAACUGUCCUGUAAAGAUUGUAUAAAUAAAGCCUUUGCAGUGUUGAA